AUGGACGACGACGAACGACUGCUCAGCCUCCUUUCUCAGCUGCGCCUGACUGAACGGACUGUGACCUCAACUCCCGACUCGGCACCUAGGAUUCCCACUCCUCCCGCCCUCACCCGAUGCAGGAUCGCCAAUCAGCCCACUGUCUAUCGCUAUCAAGCCCCCGGUCUCAGCGGUCUCACAAAUGACUGGGAUGAGUGCAAGGAGAACGUCACCGGAUUUCCAUGCGCACUCCAUCGUGGAUACAAGUCCCGCGUCGAAGCCGAGGCCGCGUUUCUCUACGCUCAACAACGGGGAUGGACAUCAUCGCACGAUCCUCACCACUUCCGCUACAUUCCACCCAUCCCAGUCACUGACGACGACUACGAAGUUUACAAUCCACUCAGCGGGGGGGAAUCGGACAAUGAUGAGGUUUGGUAUGUGGUGUACCGUGGCCUGCGUCCUGGGGUAUAUCGCUCCUCGCUGGAGAGUCAGUUGAAUGUCACGGGUGUGCCUGGACAGGUUUUUGAGAGUAUUCAGGGAGAGGAUGCUGCUAGGGCAAAGUUUGCUGAUGCGAAACGGAAGGGCGUGCCCGCUCAGACAGUCUCUAGGAAUAAGGACUAUCUUCGUCGCAAGACUCGGGAAGCUAUGUCCCGGAUCUACUACAGCAUUGGUGUGGACCCCGCCUUACACGAAGAGCGCCAGGAGCGCCGGAGGCAGGCUGCAGCAAAGUAUCGAGAACUCAACCGACAGAAACUCAAGCUCAAGGCCCGCGAAAGGCGCCGUGCUGCGCAGGAGGGUACUACUGCUGUAUAG